AUGUCUACCCAAUCCUAUUCCUACGAAGGUCAAGAUUCCCACGCGUCACUGGCCUCCCAAGGCCAGUCUACUGGCCAAGGGUCUACUGCUGCUACAGUUUCUGGAUCGACCACAUCCAACCAAGUAGCUGCCAAUACUGCCGGACAAAGCCAACACCAGCAGUCGACUGCUGCUACCGCCGCUUAUUAUACCCAAGCCUAUCCUCAACAACUGCUGCUGCAACAGCAAUCGCAACAACUGCAACAGCAAACACUGCAACCACUGCAACAAACACUGCAACUGCAAGCGCAGUCUCAACAACAACAGCAACAACAACAACAACAACAACAGCAGCAACAGCGCUAUGCUAACUAUUAUGAUGCGUACGGUUAUGGUAACCAAGUUUAUCAGAUGGGUCAAACUCAACAACAAUACCAACAAUACGCUGCUGCAGCCACUGCCGCUGCUACCGUUGGGAAUGGCGCAAGUACUGGCGCUACCACUGUGAAGACUGAAGAUAAAAAAACCAUUAGUGCUGCCUCCACUACUCAACACCAACAACUUGGUAGUGCUUCUGGCAGUGCGACUACCUCUGCUGCCACCACUCCGUAUGCUCAGCCGUACCCUACCAACGCCGCCUUCAGUAUGCCUGCUGGCGCUGCUUGGCCCUACGCUGCUGCCGCCGCCGCCGCUGCUGCUGCUGGUCGCCCAGGAGUGAUGAAUGCCGCAGUGAUGCCCCAAGCUCCAGCAAAACCACGUAUCACCACCACUUUCUGGGAAGAUGAAAACACUGUGUGUUAUCAAGUUGAAGCUCGUGGGAUCUCGGUGUCUCGUCGUGAGGAUUCCAAUUUCAUCAACGGAACAAAACUUCUUAAUGUCACCGGGAUGACUCGUGGGCGUCGUGAUGGGAUUUUGAAAACCGAGAAAACCAGAUACGUUGUGAAGAUUGGGGCCAUGAACCUCAAAGGGGUAUGGAUUCCAUUUGAACGUGCGUUUGAAUUGGCAAGAAACGAAGGGAUCUCCGAUCUUUUAUUCCCGCUCUUUGUCCGUGAUAUCAAAUCGUUUUUCCUCAGCGGUGGCGUCAACGCAGGAACCGUGUCUGCUGCUGCUGCUGCUGCUGCUUACCUUCCUCAAGCAACUACCGCCACUGGCCAACAGCUGGCUCAUCAACCUCAACAACAGACCCCACAACAAGCUCAGCAGUUCUACAUGUAUCCUCCAGUAAGCCAGACCACUACUACUGGACAAGACGGUACCACCACUGGUGACAGCACUACCUCAACCGGUGCUACCACCAUUAGUGGGGCCGCUGGUGCUGCCACAGGAUCUGCUGAAGGACAGGCCAAUGUUGUUUAUCAGUACCCUGCCCAACAGUAUAACAACUACGCUGCGUAUUAUACUGGUGGGUACCCAAUGAACCAACAGUACAUGUACUAUAGCGGGUAUGCUCAGCAAGGAAAGCAGACUACUCAGCAAGUAGAGCCAAAGAAAGAAAAGUAA